AUGAUUGCGCAAACAUUAAGAGCCGUUGCUCAAAGAAGCCGGAGCUUCGUUUUUCCACACGGCUCCUGUCGUAUGCUGCACAGCGGCAUGGCUGUUAACUUCAGCAAGGCAUACGACUACGAUGGCAAAACAAAAGUCACAAUAUUCAAUACAGAAACGGACCUAGGACUUAUGAUUACUGGUUAUAGUCAAUAUGGGUUCAGACUCAACAACGACAUGGUCCUAAUUGGUCCAAUCAGUGUUUUUCCUAGGUCAGUCCUUUCUUGGAAUGUAAACACGUUCGAGGACAUCAACGAAGAAAGCCUCAGCUUGUUCCCUACUCUGGAUCCGAAAAUUGAUGUUCUCAUAAUUGGUAUUGGAGACCAAAGCCCGUCGCCGCCGCUGUCCAAGCGGAUCAUAGAGUUCAUGAAGAAACACAAAAUAAACGUUGAGGUUCUUCGAACGGAGCAGGCUUGUGCUACCUUCAACUUUCUUAAUGCUGAGAACAGAAUGGUGGCAUGCGCGCUCAUACCACCCCUGCAUAUAUCGUAUAAUGAGAACGACAUUCUGCAAACGAAGCUAAAGCAGAAGGAACUGUAUGAGACCGAUUAAACGGACUGUUUUCGUUUUUCUUAUGUAAGGGUGCUGUUUGUAUAAUAUUUGCGUCAUUGUUAGGAAUUAAACGAAGGUUAGAUUAA